AUUUUUUGAGACGACGAGUGAGUGCCUACAAAGUCGCACACCUCGGAAGACUUCUGUACUCUCAUCACUUUGAGAUAGUUCAUCGGAGCGGUCGCGCGACCACGGGGUUACAUCGAAAGGCCAUGGCCGAAGGUCGACCGCGGUGAAGACUGGCUGGGCCGCGCAAGGUCGUCGCGGCAUAGAAAAUAACCUUCGGCGUGCCCCCGGGAAGAGCAUACUUAACGACGCAGUAGACCCGAUCCCUCCGACCCUUUCCGCGAAAGAACACGAGGCCGAAAAAAUGUUGCAAACUACAUCAACCGAGCGGUACAUUUUAACGCAGUUUCAGACGUUUCUGCAGCAGACCGCCGGGACUACGGAGCUCUUCUCCCCGACCAAUGUGGAGGCGCAAAACUUCGGCCUGCUCGUCGGCUUUCGGGAGCUAGGGGACCGGUCGUUCUUCCUCCUGGUUUUGCUCUCCGCGCUGUUUGGCAAAACGUUGAGCUGCCACUUGGUCACAGCGCUGGUGUUCGCGUUCUUGUUGCAGGUUGCGGUAGUGCUGAGUUUGGCCAGUUUUAAGAAUGAAGGAGCACAACUACCAGGAGGCGCAGCGGGGGCUUCCGGAAGGGAACCAGCAGCUCAUUCCGCACACUCGUCUGAAGUCACGAGUACCACCAGCAAAGGCAGCGCAAUCUUCACAUCAGGUCCCUACGACAAUGCCAAUUUUGACUUUCGCACCGUGUCCACCCACGCGCAGAUUGCCACGAUUGCCUGCUUUUUCUUCCUGACGCUGAAAAUUUUCUUUGUGGAUUUAGCGAAGGCCGACAAUGGUUGGGGGCUGUGCGGGGGUGGUAGUACAACAGGGAACUACGGCAACGAGUCCGCCGCGGGGUUUGUGGAAGAGGACGAAUUUGAAGAAGACGAGGACAUAUCAAGUGCAAAUAUGUCUGGGUCUGCAACAUAGCAACUUGUCAUGCUACGUCUGAAUCAUGCAAGAAUCUGUUUUGCAUCAGUAUCAAAAGCCGUCCUUUUUUGACCAAGGUGAGAGAGUUUCUCAUGCAGAAUAGGCAUGAUAGAGAUCUCACAGAAUCUGUCAUGCUAGGUCCUGCAUUCCAGACCUCAUGGGUCAUCGAAAGCCUGCGUUACAAAUCGCGUACUUACUCUACCAGACCCAGACAUAUUUGCAUUUGAUAGGACGCGGUGGACGUCGUGUACUUGGACGCGUCCGGGCAGAUUGCGCACAACGCCGGGGUAUCAAAUGUAAAAAUGUCUGGGUCUGGAAACUUGUGAUGCUGGGUGGCGUCUCAUGAUGAGGCCACAAAUGCUGGAUCAGCAUGACAAGUUUCUGAGCUUCUAGGUGUUGCUUAUUCUGCAUGACAAACUGCGUUUCUGCAUCACAGAAAGAUGGGGCUCUUGGGUAAUGUGCAUGACAGAUUUAAGGGUCAUGCCAGACAAGCAUGACAAACAUGCAUUCUUCCAGAUCCAGACAUAUUUGCAAUCCAUACGGGGAGAUGUACCGAAACGCGGCGCAACAGGAUGAAGAUUACUACAGCGACGCCGGUGCGACACCCAGAAAUAGCAAUAGUCGGGCGUCUGUGGGUAUAUUGGCGAGGGUUUUUUCUUCUCUUUGCAUAGAAAAGCUAGGACCUAGUAGUUGUGGAAUUCGAAACAAGAAAUUCAGGGGUGAUCACAUUGACAGCAAAUAAUGAUUCAGCACACACCAACAUGUACAUGAAGCGCAGUUACUUUUUUCAAUUUGCUUUUGUUGUCUAUUGCAUGCUUGAUGGACAUGACUUUCCCAUGAACCGGAUCAGGUAGCUCCCGCGACAUCGAAACCGGAGAGGCCGACGGUCUGCUUUCAGCAGGUCGUGGAGACGAGCAAGCGAGAUUAGCAUCGCAGUCCUCAGCGGCCUCGAGCGGACGAUCACACGAGUACACGACGUCGACACCCUCUACGAGGUCUUCUUCCCCCGCUACUGAGCCUCCCGCCCACAUGCUUGUUCAACAGCGCAAAGCGAGCUUCACCGGUUGCGGAACGAGGGGCUGGGGUAGUAGUUCUUACAACUACCGUGGAACAACCAAUUUCUACACGACCGCGUUUGCCAAAAACGCCCUGCCCACGCAUCAAAAAUACCAACAACUGGUGCAGCAGCAGUACCAAAGCACGGGGAGUUUCAUGGAAUGCUUCGAACAGGGGUCCUACGUGUUCGCACUAACAACUCUGCUCUUCUUGCUCCAUUUGGAAGAUCGGGGACAGCAAUUACUGUCGGAGCGAAUUGAGGAAGAAUUUCUUGUCGGGGAGGUGCGCAGGUAGGAGUCGACACUUUUUGUUGCUGUGAUAAUGGAGGUCUGAGUGUGCUGUAAGAUGAUUUUCUAUCACUCCUCGUGCACGCGCUCGGCUCUUGCAGUGGUAUUUAUUUGCGCAGUUUCAUUUUCACUGUCUACACCAAUCCCAGGUAUUGUCAAAUAAAUUUCACGACAUUCACAGCUGGCAGCUUCUGACGAUUGGCACGUCCGUGCUUCUCCUUUCCCGGUUCCUCGCUGUUUGUGCAGGCUUCGUCCUGCAGUGGAUGCUGACGAGACGAGCCGUGAUGGUGCUGUGCAUUUUGGCUUUUGCGGGAUUCGUGCUUUCCGAAGGAUGUACUGCCGCAGCGGAAAAUUUGGAAUCAAAUUCCAUAGGUCAUGCAGAGAGGACGAGGAGGGGUAGCUCUUUAUCUUUUGGCACGGCGUUUCGUGCUGGGAGGUCUGCCCUUCAAACAACGCCGUCUUCUUCAGGGGCUUUUUAAGUACCUUCAGGCGCACUGAGACUCUUACUUAAUUACAAGCAAUUGGGCGGUUUUGUUAAUAGGAAGCACAAGCAAGUGUGUAGUGGACACGAGACGGGCACAGUGGGCCUCAAGGUUGUUGUUUUUUUCCGAAAAUUUAUUUGUCCACAUGAAAACGAAAACGAAUAUGAA